AUGCUGUCUUUGCGGUGCCUAACAUCAGCACUUCUCUUGAGGACCGGAAUACAGACCGUUACCGUCCGCUCGGUUCCGAGAUCCAGUCCGAUACUCCUGUGGGUUUUCCCCGCUGUCAGACCGAUCUCACUGUCCUCCUGUUUGUGUAAGAAGAGAAAGAUAAGCGCGUGGCUUGAGAAUAUGGAUGGCAACGUUGAAGAGAUUUUGGCUCCUUUGAGGCUGGCAGUAAAGGAGCAGGGUGAUCUUGUCCGUCAGCUGAAGGUAGACAAUGCUCCUGAUGUUGAUGUCUCUAAGGCUGUAGCAGAACUCAAAGCUCGCAAGAAAAUCCUUGAGGCAAAGGAGCUUUCCUUACAGCCAAAAGAUGACAUAGUGGAUAGAACUAAAAUGGAGGACACUCUAAAGAGACGGUUCUUCUAUGAUCAAGCAUUUGCCAUUUAUGGAGGCGUAAGUGGUCUGUAUGAUUUCGGCCCCGUGGGUUGCGCUCUGAAGAACAACAUACUGCAGGUCUGGAGACAGCACUUUAUCCAAGAGGAGCAGAUUCUGGAGAUCGACUGCACCAUGCUCACACCCGAACCUGUUCUCAAAACAUCAGGGCAUGUGGAUAAGUUUGCUGACUACAUGGUUAAGGAUGUCAAAAAUGGAGAGUGUUUCCGUGCUGAUCAUCUCCUUAAAGCUCAUCUACAGAAAUUAAUGAGUGACAAGAAAUGUACUGCAGAAAAGAAAAGUGAGAUGGAAAAUGUCAUCACUCAGAUGGAUAAUUAUACUCAGCAGGAGUUGGCAGAUUUGUUUGUGCAAUACAAUGUCAAGUCUCCCAUUACAGGAAAUGAUCUUACACCUCCCAUCUCAUUCAACCUGAUGUUCCAAACAUCCAUUGGACCUAGCGGUAACAUGACCGGAUACCUAAGACCAGAAACUGCUCAGGGAAUCUUCCUCAACUUUAAACGUCUCUUGGAGUUCAACCAGGGAAAGCUGCCAUUUGCUGCAGCCCAGAUCGGAAAUUCCUUCAGGAAUGAGAUCUCACCUCGCUCUGGUUUAAUUCGUGUCAGAGAGUUUACAAUGGCUGAGAUUGAGCAUUUCGUAGACCCGAAUGAAAAGAUUCAUUCCAAGUUCUCCAACGUAGCCGAUCUUGAAAUCCUGCUUUACUCUUCCAAAGCACAAACCAGUGGGCAGUCCGCCCAUAUAAUGAGACUUGGAGAUGCAGUGGAGCAGGGAGUUAUUAACAACUCAGUCUUAGGCUACUUUAUCGGAAGGAUCUACCUUUAUCUGAUCAAAGUGGGCGUGGCAAAGGACAAGCUUCGUUUCCGUCAGCAUAUGGAUAAUGAGAUGGCCCACUAUGCCUGUGACUGCUGGGAUGCUGAGACCAAAACCUCUUACGGAUGGAUUGAGAUUGUAGGGUGUGCUGACCGCUCAUGUUAUGAUCUCUUGUGCCAUGCCCGGGCCACCAAAGUCCCUCUGGUUGCUGAGAAACCCUUAAAGGAACCCAAAGUUGUAAAUGUUGUUCAGUUUGAGCCAAACAAAGGAGCCAUCGGCAAAGCAUACAAGAAAGAUGCCAAGCUUGCCAUGGAGUACCUUGCCAUCUGUGAUGAAUGUUAUAUCACAGAACAAGAGAAACUUCUCAAUGAGAAUGGUGAGUUCACCAUUGAAACUGAGGGCAAGACGUUCAAACUCACCAAGGACAUGGUGACCAUCAAGAGGUUCCAGAAGACCCUGCAUGUUGAAGAGGUUGUUCCUAAUGUGAUCGAACCCUCGUUCGGCAUCGGAAGAAUCAUGUACUCCAUCUUCGAACACACAUUCCGCAUCCGAGAGGGUGACGAACAAAGAACGUAUUUCAGCUUACCUGCCACUGUUGCACCAUACAAAUGCUCUGUCCUUCCACUGAGCCAAAAUCAGGAAUUCAUGCCGUUUGUUCGAGAAUUAUCCGAAGCUCUUACCAGGAAUGGCGUCUCGCACAAGGUGGACGAUUCUUCAGGAUCUAUCGGAAGACGCUACGCCAGAACAGAUGAGAUCGGUGUGGCGUUCGGCAUCACCAUCGACUUCGACACGGUCAACAAAACGCCCCACACAGCUACCCUGAGAGACCGGGACUCCAUGAGACAGAUCAGAGCUGAGGUCCGCGAGUUGCCAGAAAUCAUUCGUGAUUUGGCCAAUGGUACCAUCACAUGGGGGGAGGUGGAGACCAAGUACCCCGUCUUUGAGGGCCAGGAAACCAGCAAAAAGGAGACGGCAGAGGAGUAGACUUUUAGACAUGGACAUUUUUACAUUAUUUUCAUUCAUAGGAUCCAAUCGAUCAGUUGCACAUUAUGCAUUUAUUGUGUACCACGUUAACUAAGUUCACCUCUAAACUCAAGGAAUCUAUAUACAAGGACCCAAAGGGAUGACUGUAAUUAUGAUAUUGUACUAGUAAAAAGAUUUUACCAUUCCUGUUUAUGAGCUGAUAAAUAUGAAGAUGCAUAUGGUCAAAUAAAUCAAACCAGCACUUUCUGGACACAUAA